UGGCGGCGGAGCUACGCGCUGGAAAACGAAAGGUGAAACGUGUUUUUAACAACUGAGUGCGUUCAUCUUUUAUAUGGCUAACCACACAAAUAUUAUGCAUAUACCUUGUCUAAUUUUCCAGGAGGAGCCAUGGCUCAGAUAGGGAGUCCAAGAGUAUUAAAUGCUUAUUUUAAGGGCAGACCUAAUUAGGCCAAAGGAAGUCGUACCUCAGUUUACCGUCGGCCGCCCGCAUGUAUAUUUACCACCGCAUGAAAAAUUUCAUUAUUUAAAAAAAUUCCAUUAUUGUCUUUACUUUCCCUUUAGAGAAUGAAAAUAUGAAGUAAUGACUCAAAGAAUAUCUUAAUAAACCCCUCUGACAUGCUUCGCACAUCACUUACUACUACACCAUCAUCACUGAGGAUUUCCAACAACAACUCGAAUCACCGCGCAUGUCGUCAUGCUUUAAAAUAAAUAAAUAAAAAAUAAUUAAAUAUUCAAUAUACAUGAAUGAUGAACAUAUUCAUCACAGUUCCACAAAGAAAGAAAUGAAAUAUUCUCAAUGCAUCCUAUUUCGAAAAAGCUAUUGCGUAAUUUCGAUUGUGGUCGCAAUCGAUCGAAAGUGUUCUUUUUUUGAAUGUUUUCAAUGUAAUGUAAUGUGUUAAUUUAAAUUCUGAAGGGCCUUUGUUCCAAUGCGUGCAUACAAAGUCGUGCGAUCAAGCCUUGCCUCAUUUAGAUAUAUGUCCCAGUCUCCAGAGGUUGUCUUUCGGCGCUGUAGUUCCGGUUCGGGCUCCGAGGGUUUCUGGUUCAAGUUAGCUAGACGGAGGGGCAAAAUAAUGAAUAAUGAAAAUUUCCGCAUGAUACACCUGAGAUACAGACGACGGUAAACUGAGGUACAAAUUCCUUUGGCUUUAGGGUCCCUGCUGCUUCCUAUACCAUACAAUCCGUCAUGCAACAUCCAACAGCCCACACAGUUUGCCAUCUCCCUAAUUUCCCUCACAUGGCUUGGGUUAGCCUAGGGCCAUGGUAACAUUCACUCGCUCAUAUUGAACCACUUCCAAGGAGAAUCAAGAAUGCUGAUAAGCCGCAAACGCCUGCAUAUAUACGAGCAAGUUUGGGCGACUUUUCGAAUAAAAUUGGCGGUUGUUCCCCGAAACACACUUUGCUGAGCUCGCUCGGAACAUUCCCGAAAUGCAGUUCCUUGUAACAAACCAUACGGACAAUAGUUGGGAAGAUAAAGGAGUUAAUAAAGUUUAUAUAUGUAUAAGUUAUUUAUAAAGUAAACUUUAUCAAAAACCAACAAAAACAGUUCUUUUAAGAACUUCACUACCACAUAGAAGUUUAUUUUAAUUUUUAAGUGUUUUUGAAUUAUAUUAGUGUCUGUUUUUUUGUUUGUUUUUCGGGCAUUGUGUGGGCCAAUGUGCGUUUUUUCAGGCACUUGAAUUUUUUUCAAAACGCCGAACUCGCUCGAAAACGCCUGCACUUUUUGCGGCGUAUGCAGCUUAUCGUCACCCUUGUGGAGAAUCGUGCACACCGAUCCACUGCAUAAAGUGAUAUAACCACUAAGGCUGCCAUCAAAAGCAUGUUAUGUUUGCGUCCUCCGACUGACUCACUUUUCGUUAUAAAAACUCAGUAAGUCAAAAAAAAAUGAAAAUUCUUUUCUUUCAAUCCAAACGCAAUAUAAGGUCACGAAAUUUGGGUUACCACAACUUUUAAGUAGCGUGAACGAUUUCAUAUUUUUCACAAAUAUAUUUUAGGAUUUACUUACAGUCAUUGUUUACAGAAAGAAGAGAAAAUUCGCCUCACAAGAAUUCACUGUCUAAUUAGGAAACCUCCCUUUCAAGCUCAAUUUUUGUCAGUCAACGUUGUUCCCAUGGUUUUCGCUUGUAUUGCCGUAUAAAUGCGAAGCAGGAAAAUAUAGCACUGAGUAGUGAAGCGCAGUCCCCUAUCGAAGUAACAUACGGACGUAACAACCAUAAUUCGGAGGACCGCUGAAAAGUUAUACCUUGCAUACUGGUUAAAUAAAUUAUAAAACAAUGAAGCGAAAACCUGGUAACAAGUUAUCUUCAAAUAUAAAGAAGAAAAGAGUAAAUAAGGCAUCUGAAAGCAAGCUGGAGAGCAAAACUGAAGAAAGUGAUGUGCCCAUAACAACAGAUACCUCAGAUUCUUUUCGGCAGCUGCUUUCCUCGCUAAAAUCAAGCAGAAAGAUACUUAAAAGUCUUAUUACUAACAAUGAUGAAAAGAACGAAGUUGAAAAAGAUUCAGAGGUCAGCAGUAGUGAAGAGAGUGAAGACGAGAACGAUGUCCUUAAAAGUGAUGAUAAUGAAAGUGAAGAAGAAAGCGAGGAUGAAGAUGGUGAAGAAGAAAAUGAUUUUAAAGAUUCAUUUAAAUGUCAUUUUGAAUUUAAUGUUCCUGAGGAGUGUAUGACAGAAAUGCAAAAGAUGAAAAAUAUAUAUAGCAAUAAAACAACAAGGAGUUUGAAUAAUUGGCGUACACAAGAAUUAUUCUAUAUACCAGAUGAAAUUAGCAGCAAAAUUAAGGAUCAUCUCAUAUUGUUAAAUGAACAUGGAAAAAAAUUGCUACAAGAAGCUUGCUCUAGAGAGAAUGUUAUAAAGAAUUGGGAGGUUGUCAAUAAGACUAAGAAAAAAGAAAUCUUAACCCCUCUGCAAGAAGAGCUUUUUCAAAUAAUGGGUUGUUAUAAAGAUUUAUUCUUUUUUGACCGCAACCUUUCGAAUGGAGAAGAAGUACGAAGACUAUAUUGUAUGCAUGCUGUUAACCAUGUUCUUAAGACACGAUCUCGAAUUCUGAAAAAUAAUGCAAAAAUUACUCAAGCAGAAAAGGAUAACAAGGAAAUAGAUGAUUGUCGAGACCAGGGGUUAACAAGACCUAAAAUUUUGAUAUUGGUGCCUUUUAAAGAUUCCUGCUUGCAAAUUGUUAACUGCAUAAUUAAGCUGGUGUUUAAUGCUGGAACAAAGGGACAAGUGAUGCAAAAGAAAAGAUUUCUUAAGGAAUUUUCACCUGACCCUGAGGAAGCAGAGUCACAAGCAAACAGACCGGAUGAUUUUAAAAAGAUGUUCAAGGGAAACAUUGAUGAUUGUUUUCGACUUGGUAUAUCAAUGUCAAAGAAUACUGUAAAGCUAUUUUCGCCGUUUUACAUGUCAGACAUUAUUGUUGCCUCACCUCUUGGCUUACGCACAAUAAUCGGUUCAGAGGGAGAAAAACAAGAUUUUGACUUUCUGUCGUCUAUUGAAAUGUUGAUAGCGGAUCAGGCGGAUGUAUUUUUGAUGCAGAAUUGGGAGCAUGUCUUGCAUAUCUUUGACUAUUUGCAUCUGACACCAAAAAAAUCACACGAUACAGAUUUUUCAAGAGUUCGUAUGUGGAACGUGAAUGGAUGGUCCAAGUAUUAUCGUCAAACAUUAUGGUUCAGUUCCAUACAAACUCCAGAGAUGAGUAGCAUAUGCAAUAAAUUUUCACAUAAUUAUAACGGUAAAGUGAAACUUCUCCCGAAGGAUGUGCAUGGAUCAGUUGAACAAAUUGCUUACCAGACCCCACAGAUAUUUCAACUUAUUGGUAGUUGUGUUUAUGCUGAAGUUGCUGAUAAAAGAUUUGAAUACUUUAUCAACAAGGUCUUACCAAGUUUCAAGGGUCAGCUCUCCAACAACACAGCAAUAUUUAUUCCAUCCUAUUUCGAUUUCGUGCGAGUACGGAACCACUUUAAAAAAGAAGGAUUGAGUUUCGUGCAAAUAUCUGAGUAUUCGAAGCGUUCGAACAUUUCUCGCGCGAGGAAUUUAUUCCACGAAAAGAAAAAACAUUUUCUCUUGUUUACUGAAAGAUUUUACUUUUUCUACAGAUAUCGCAUUCGAGGAAUUAAGCACAUUAUUUUCUAUGAACUUCCACACUAUCCCACAUUUUAUUCUGAAAUUAUAAACUUUAUGGAGUCUUCCGCGCAACAAUCUGCUUCCGCAGCUUCAUGCACCAUUUUGUAUAGUCGUUUUGAUGGAUAUAAACUAGAGGCCAUUGUUGGAAGCACUAGAUGCAAGCAAAUGAUGUCGUCAAAGAAAGAUGUGCACAUGGUUGUGACGGGAAGCUGAGAAAAAAGCUAUUACUUGAAACUUUUUUGUCUUUUAGAGAUGGUAAUGUGAUUGAAUACAUAAAGUUCGAGUAUAAUUUACUUUGCUUUUAUUUUUGCAAAUUUUUACCACCCACUGUUUGCCAAAGUAGACUUUACUACACGUUUUUUUUUAAUAAGAAGCCUGUUUUUAGGAACCUAGGUGCAGCAUCAAAAUAAUUAAGAAAAGUUCAGUACUUAAACCUUUUUAGCUUUAAAAGAUUGAGAAAAAAAUAUAUGUUAUUCCAAACUUUUUAAGACCCUGAGAGCAUUCUCUACGGUUUUUGACAGUACGAAGUCUGGAAGGAAUGUUUUACUCAAAAAAAGAGAGGCAUUGACCAUUGGCUUUUCGUAAAGUUGUCUUUAGGAAACGUUACAAAUGUUAGCACUACAUGUUCUUGGUUCUUGUGACUAGCGGAUUUUUAUUUUCAACAAUUACAUCAAAAUUUUAAACAUAUAUGUUUUUUACAAGCAUAACGCUUAUAAGAUUAUGCAGGCUCGUAUAGAAGAAUUUUUUUUGAGCAUAUACUACAAGCAUAGUUUAGCCUUGGUAAAUCCUUCUGAUGCGUAUUUUUGUGCGUCAUGGAUAUUUUAAUUCGACAAAGAACUGUUCAUUUCUUUAUUUUGGUGAAGUGAAUCAAAGCUCUUUGUGCCAACGUUUUCUUUUUAUUAUAAAAACCAUGCUGAUAUUUUUAUGAAGAAAAUAAAUUUAUGGUGCACGUGUCUUGUAACAUUAAUGUUUUUAUUUGCUCCCCCGGUAAGCAUAAUAUAAUCACACUUCGAGCCUGA